AUGGCUCAUGCUAUGCAGAACCAACCUAAUGGUGACGAGAAUGCAGGAUCUCGUAGUUUGGCGACUUUCCAAAGGGAGAAUCCGCCGGUGUUCAAGGGUACGCAUGACCCUGAUGGUGCUCUUGAUUGGUUGAAGGAGAUCGAGCGAAUCUUCCGUGUUAUGGAUUGUACUCCUGCACAGAAGGUUAGAUAUGGCACUCAUAUGCUGGCUAAGGAAGCGGAUGAUUGGUGGCUAGAGACCCGUAGGAGGUUGGAGGCUCAUGAAAUCAAGAAAGCGGUUAGUUACCAGAAGAUCCGUAUUUUUGCUGAUUUGGUGGAUAGUUGUCGGAUUUAUGAGGAGGACAACAAUGCUCAUUAUCGUGUUAUUAAUGAGAAGAGGGGCAAGAAUCAACAAAGCCGCGAGAAACCGUAUGAUGCUGGUAAAGGGAAGCAAAGAGUUACUCAUGGUCAUAAGACUAGUGGGGGAGAUGCUCCUGCUAGGAUUAUAUGCUUCAAAUGUGGUCGACCUGGUCAUAAGAGCAAUGCUUGUACUACUGAUAUGAAGAGGUGUUAUCGUUGUGGUAAGACGGGACACAUGUCAUCUGAUUGUAAGCAUAAGGAUGUUGUUUGCUUUAACUGUGGUGCGGAGGGGCAUUUUGAUAGCCAGUGUCAGAAGCCAAAGAAGACAACUGUAGGUGGUAAAGUGUUUGCUUUGUCAGGAACUCAGACAUCUAGUGAGGAUGGCCUUGUUAGAGAAAUGGUUGUCGAACUCCCCGCUAAGGGAACGGUGACUACUUCUCUAAUGUGUUUGGAUUGUCCUCUGUCAAUCUUUGAUAGGGACUUUGUUGUUGACUUUGUGUGUUUACCGCUUGUUGGUUUGGAUGUGGUAUUGGGUAUGAAUUGGUUGAAACGCAACUACGUUCAUAUCAAUUGUUUUAACAACACGGUGAGAUUUUCUUCCCUUGAAGAAGAAGGAGUUGGUUUGUUGAAUGGUAAGCAGUUGAAGCAACUGAUGCAAGACGAAGCACAAAUGUUCUCAUUGAUGGCGUCCUUGUCUUUUGAGAAUCAAGUUCGAAUUGAUGAGUUAAAGGUGGUGAGAGAAUUUUCUGAAGUGUUUCCUGAUGACAUUCCUGAUGUACCUCCAGAAAGAGAAGUUGAGUUUACGAUUGAUCUUAUUAACAAUGACUUCCUUGACAAUAUUAGAGAGACUCAGAAGCUAGAUGUGAAGUUGGUGGAUUUGAUGGUGGGAAGCGAUCGACUUGAGAACGGUGAUUUCAAGUUAGAUGCACGUGGUGUGUUGAGAUUCCGAGAUCGUAUUUGCAUUCCUGAUGAUGAAGAGAUUAGGAAGGCGAUUCUUGAAGAGAGUCAUAGAAGCAAUUUAAAUCCGUCUCAUGUGAUUCGGAUGGACGAUGUGCAAGUGCGCGAUAAUCUCACAGUAGAGACGAUGCCUGUGCGAAUUGUGGAUCGCGAAGUGAAGGUUCUAAGAGGCAAAGAGAUUCCAUUGGUGAAAGUUGUCUGGUUGGGAGCUGCUGCGUUUUGGGAAUUUUCUGAGUAUUUGAGAUUAGACCGUAAAAAUGAGCUAUUGAGUAAUAAGUCGGUAUAUUAA